GCGCCAGGUAAACAAAGGAACAGGCGCAGCGGAGACGGGGUUCCUGUUAACGCAAACGCCGCGCGCGCGCAUGUGUGUGUGUAUAUCUGUGUGAGUGUGUGUGCAAGUACACCCGUCCGUGUCUAACGACAAGUGCGUGCGGUGCGUCCGCAGAGUGACAAUUCGGUGGACUCUCGCGGAGAGGGAGAACGAGUUUAGGGACCCGAGCGAGGAACGAGAGUGCCGAGGAGACUACCUCGAGGUCGGGCGACGGAGGCGAGCUUUUUUUUCUUCGCGACCGACGUCCGGCUGACAUUUAAAUCGGAGGCUGUCCUGGAGGAACAAGUGGAUUAUUACGAGUGUCCGCGUGGAAUUGUGUCUACCUCAAGAAUAGGAAAAUAAGAGAGAGAUUAUAAAUAUAUAGAAGAAAUCGUUCGUCGCGCGACAUUCGAAAGCGGAUGAGUGCUGAGACGCGCGAGAGAUCACCAUCUUCCCGUCGGGCCAAAAUAAUCAUUCGCUCUCUCCGUGUUCCGCGAGCGAGCCUCCUCUCUCUCUCUCUCUCUCUCUCUCUCUCUCUCUCUCUCUCUCUCUCUCUCUCUCCACCUUCCCCACACGGUGCGUUACCUCAUCGGAGUGGAGUAGGUGCGUGUAACGAGCGCGUAUAUACUCGCAGCGUUGUGCAACAACGUCGAUCCUCCGUCGUCGUCGGAGAAAGAGAGACAAUUGGGCGCAGACACCGUGUGUGUACGUUCGAUCGACCUGGAAGCAAAACAAUGCGCUGGUGAAGGAGACGCGCGAGUUGCCGUGCGUGUGUGCGUGCGUGUACCUGCAGCUGUUGCUGCUGCGCGGGGCGCUGGUGUGCGUUUGUUUAUGCGCGUAGAUUAGCCGCACGCUCGCCGUACUAGCGCGCGCGGCCCGUCGGUUCAUUCAACAGCCAACCGUGUUCCGACCAAGAACGAGCGAGCGAGCGAACGAACGUUUUCCUCGGCGACGACUAAGUUUCGUGAAAGCGAGCGGGCAAAGGCCGGAAGGAGGACAAUCGUGGCCCCGUGCGUUCGCGCGCGCGCGCGCGUAUUUGCCCGGUGAAUCAUACGCGUCUUCCGUCCGAUUACGCGUCUUUUCGCGUGUACACACCGCGCGUGUAUAUACUCGCCGCCGCCGUCGCCGCUUGUUGUUGACGUGUCCUCCAGUCAGACGAGAGCGAGUCGAGCUAAUCGGAGAACGACCGUUCCAUCGUGGGAAAGGGGGUCGGCGAGACUUAUGUGUGAGAUUUUUUCCUCCUUCGGAAGAAGAAACUUUGUUUUCCUGGAAAGAAUAGUAUGCAACGUUCUCUAUCUCUCUCUCUAUUUGAUCUAUCCCCACCUGUCAUCUCGGUGUGCCGUUGCAGGUAAACAUUGAAGACGAAAGAGAGGGAGAGGCGGAAACGUAUCGUCGCCGCGCGAGGAAAAGUGAGACGAAGAGCGAGAGACGGCAAACGUCAGCGAUUAGAAGGAGAGAGGACAAAAACACCGAGCGAGCCGAGGCACGGGAAUCGGGGAAUCUCCGCGGGUCGCACAGUCUGUUUACCGCGGGCUAGCGUGGCGGUUCAGAACCGCGGAGAAAAGCCCGACGAACACGACGAGGAUGCCGAGCGCCGAGGAGACGACGACGACGUAUCUGAUCGGCGUGGCGAUGCCCGACGGACACGCGGCGCAGACGGACGCGUUCCUCACGCGCGACGUUGACCUCCUGGUGUCGCAGAUCAAGGAGAACCUGCGGCUGUCCAGCCUCAAGGCCAAGUCCAGUAUCAGCCACAAGAACAGUCGGCCGUCGCCGUAUCGGGUGCCGGCGCGUUCCUGGGCGGAUCCGGCGGCGGGUGCUGGCUGCGAGGUCUGCGGUCUGCGGUCGGUGACAAACGGCCAGCAGCAACAACAACAACAGCAACAACAACAACAACAUCACCAUCACCAUCAUCACCAUCACCACCACCAUUACCACAACCACCUGAAGAGGAGCGAGAGGAACAGAGUGGACGACGAUCCGUACGAGGUGCUGCAGGAACUGCUGCGCGAGGGCGGUCUCAUCAAGGAGGCGGUCAAGAGGCUGCAGGAGAACCUGGACGAGCUCUCGAGCACCUCGGAGGUGGACGAGGACGACGUGGUGGACGACGAGGACGACGACGUGCGACGGCCAGGUGGUGACGACGGCGGCAGCGGCAGCGGCAGCGGCGGGUACCGCAGGAAGCCGUACUUCUACGACUCCGAGGACGAGCCGCUGCCGCCGAUGUACGAUCCCCUGGAGCUGUGAGGAGGCCCACUCCCGGAGAAGAGAACCUUCGCGAACGUUCCUACCGUGAACGCGGCAUCUUUGCUCUCUCUCUCUCUCGACCAGUCGCGCUCCUCUUCCUUUUCUCGGAAGGGACGAGACAUUUUCGUGGGCCGGACGCAUCCUUUGUGUGCUUGACUGAAAAGUGAAUCGAUAUCCCGUCGAAAAAAGAGAUACACAUCCUGUGAGAACAUGUUCUUUCAUGUUCGCCCGCGUGGGAGUCCCGGGACGGACGGACGGACGGCAGUGUGCGUGUGCGUGUGCGUGCGCGCGCGCACACGUGUAGCACACAAUUAGACGAGAACUCGCCUUACAUGGCCGUGUUUGUAAAUACGCUGCGUUGUCGGCGCUGCGCGAUAGCUUCGCCCUCGCCGCCGCUGGUAUCGACGGACCUACGUGGAAGACUUAUGGCGGCCGCGUUCGAAACGCGCGCGCGAGAUGUUUCUUUCCUCCCUUCUCCCCCGACACAUAUGCACAUACGCGCGCGCGCGCCUUCGAUAGCGUACCGUCUCCCUAUAUCACCUAUUAAAUAUCGCUGGCGAAUUUAACGUCGGCCUGACGUGACUCGGAGCACGUCAGCCGCAUUCAAUAAUAAUCGUAUGCAACUAUGUUCCUUUUUUUUUUCUCGUAGUGGCGCUUUGUGCCGCGUUAAUGAUGAUCAUCGAGGUAUACGCUGAAAGAAAGUUAGUCUCAGUUUAACAAUCGUUGUCUCGUAGAAUAAAACAAAAUCUUAAAGAAUUUGUUAAACUUACACGCGACUCGCUUACACGGAGAACUUUGCGUAGUUUCAUCAGAAAAAAAUAGAUUUCGAUUAUUCAAUCAUGAAUCUCAUUGAAUUGAGAGGAAAAAAAAUAACAUUCUGGUAUAGAAUCUUUUAAUACUAUUAUUAUCGAAACCAUCAUUAUGCUGUUUAAAUGUCUGUUAAAUUAUUGAAAUAAAAAUGUAAUAUUUGAAAUUCAAGAUUAUCAAACUUAAAGAUUUUUCUUGCUCAUAUAUAUGCGACAAUGAUUGUUAGAUUGAUACAAAUUUUUUUUUAUGUACUCAGAUCUAAAUAUAAAAAAAUAUCACCGGCGAUAAUCGUAGCGCGAGGUCGAGAUAUAACUCUUUGUAUAUAUUUUGAAGCAUUUGGAAAACGUGUGUAUCUCAGUUUGUUGUCGUUCUGCGUAGUAUCUCGUAGUUAAAAUAUCGAUGAAUAUCGUUAUCGCGGUAUGAAGUGCCUGUAUCGUCAACAGCUGAUUCGUCAACUCGAAACUCGAUUAACGCUUCAAAUACUAAAGCGAAUAGAGUAAGAUAAAAAAUAUAUAGCAUUUUUUGUACGUUUUAUUUAACGAAACUCUGCUGGUUAGAGAUUUAUCUUUUUUUCUUUUUCGACGCUUAAUGGAAAGAAACUUUAAGUUUCGGAAAGUUCCCGGCUCAGUCCUCGUGGAACUGAAAAUUAUUGUUAAUUAUAUGUGUUUUUAACGGUUUCCACCGGUAUUUGAAGAGUUAAUCUAGCCCGACAUCAUUUGUCAUCUCGCGCGGACUGUUUUGGUCGAAUUGCAUAAGAAGUCUGUAUUAAUUUCGAGUACGCUGUCGUCUUGUAACGCUAAACGAAGAAAGAAAGAUCUAAUAAAGUUUUAGUACAAUUGUAUCUCUCUAAUAGUUCAGUUUUUUUUUUUUUUUUUAAUAUGUAAUUGGAGUUUGUUUGCGAGUGGCAUCAGAGAAUUCAAAAAUUUAAUCCUUACAAUAUGGAUACUCUCGUGUACUUUGAUUACUUGUUUAUCUCUUUAAAGUGAUUUAAAAAAUCUCCAAGAAUUCACAAGUAUACUUUCAAGUCCCUUGAAUAAACGACAGGACUUUAUUCUGGAAAGAUAUAAAAUGUAGUAAUUAACUACUUUAGAAAUUUCGAAAAAUUUUCACAAAAACAUGAAUUGAUCGGAUACGAAAUAUCCACGUUUAUAAUGUAAGGGUUAAUCUCUAAAUAAUAAUGUAUCUUGGGAUAAUACAAAAGAAAGUUUGCGUGCUUCGGAUAUCAUACACGCAAGUAUCAUGAAACCGCAGCUGUUAAUUAAAAAUUAUACGACAGCCUGCCUCUCUCGAGUCUACAUUAUUUGCCGUUCAAAUUCGAAGAACGGUAUCGCGAAGGAAACUUUUUUUUUAAUCCUCGAAGCAUGGAACGUGCUGUCUGCCUCAUGAUUCCACCGCCGGUUAUUCGCGAGCUAAACGGCGAGUCUUACUCUUGCUCGCCUAUCGAUUUUACAACGUUGAAUCGUUAUCUCACGCGACGCUCGGCGUCGACGUUCUAUAAAUGGAGACUUUCCGUUAGAAUCAGAAUGCCACCCGCAAAGAAACUCGGCGUCGCCGAGCGCGACGAAGGCGAGUCGUCGUAGCUUUCAAAAAAAGAAAAAAGUCUGAGAGUUUAAUGUUAUAGGAGGAUCUCCGCGCUGUUGCGAGAAUUGUUAAUUUUAAUAGUAACACAAAAUUUCCCUUUUUUCCUAGACACUUUUUUAGCGCAGACUUCGCACGAGGAUGUAAAGUUGUACCGAAUACGUGCGAGUAUAGAGAGAAAGGGUACACGAGUAUCGACGAAGAUGCUCCGCAAGCCGUUAGACGAGGACAAUCAGGUCCUGCCCCAGGAUUACACAGUCUUUGAGCGAGUUACGUAAACUGCGUUCGCGCGGCCGAUCAACGAUUAUCGAUGCCUUUGCGUUAAUACUUGCGCGUGGCGAAAGUAUUAGGGGUACACAAUCGCCACGUUCACUAGGAGGCGGAGAGGACAUAUACACACAUACACACACAACACACACACACACACACACACAUCAUACAGAGAGAGACGGUGAUCUCAUUUAUUUUUUCAUGAUGCGCGCAACGAGCGGACCAGAGUGGCCGAUCGAAGCGAGGCGAGAUCAUUGGUAGCUUAGCUUAAGCUCGGUUUAGUUCCCGACAGCUGCGUCCUCAGUCCCUAAAGGGUUUUGCAACACGCUAUCGUCCGUUUGGCAAAAAACGGAUGUAAUAAACGAGAAGCAAGCGAAAAGAGACCGGGCAGAAAGUUUACACAAGGACGCCUACGUCCGCGAGGAUGUGUCUCAUGAGAAUUUCGGGGGCCCCGAGAUUCGUUGGAUAAACGGAGGUUAUUUUCCAUAGCCCGGCUGGUGGGACGCGGCGACUCUUCGUCUAUUUAUAAUAAAGUUAUAUAUGUAUAUCGAGCGAAAUAGUUUGAAAUUCAUUUUCAAAGGACGGAAUUUUCGAAGGUUGUCAGGUGACUCUCUAAGAUGAAGAGAAAUCUCUAUGGGAUUCCGAUCCGUUGUAUCGUUUAGGAUAUAAACGCGCUGGAGGGUUGAUUAGAGGAGACGUCAAAGAUUUAGAUAAUGUUCACGUUGUGAGAAACAGAGAGAAAGAGAGAGAGAGACAGAUAGAGAAGCGGAUGGCAAGUUUGUGAGGGAGGAAAACGAGGGCCGCGCGUUAACGUGGAUCUGUAUAAUAGUAACGUUUAGCUUUAUAUCCCUUUCUCUGUGCAUGUUUUAGUGCAUAGUUACUUAUAGCUAUCGAUCGCUGGUGAAGAAAGAAAGAGAGAGAGAGAGAGAGAGAGAGAGAGAGAGACGCUGUUGAUGUUACGUACAUUGUAUCCGCACGUACAAGUUUGGCUGUACGCGUGCGUUGCACGAGUUCGCGAAAUGGUGCUCCAUCACGUCGCGUGAUUCAUUUCGCGCGGGUAGAGAGAUAAGGGGAAAGAGAGUGAGAGAGAGAAAGAGAGAGAAAGAUAUCCAUCUGCAAUAACGAGAGCCCCUACGGGGUAGCCGUGGCGUCACUAGUUGACAUAAUUAUCAAAGAGGAUUAUUACUCCUCGCGCGAGAAUGGCGCCGUGUCAUCGCGGCGUCCCCGCGCCGCUCAUUGUUAAUUCCUCGUCGUCGCGAGAAAUCGUCCGUUCUAUAUUCCGAAACCUCGCAAUCAAUUCGAGGAAGCCCCCGAUUAUUCCCCGGGAGCGCGCGUCAGGAGAGUGACGUCACGGCUGCAGCGUCCGGGAUUUCAUUGUAGGACGACGACGACGCCGAUCGACGACGAUGUUGAUGUAAACGCGGUCGCGGUACACAUACAUACACACACGAAUGACGCAAUAAAACGACACACUUGUAUGUAGCGCAAUUACACACAGGGGCGAAGAGAAACGAGAGAGAGAAAGAGGGAGAGAGAGAGAGAAGUCCGUUUCGGGACUUUGCGUCGGUCCCGACGACAUUCGCCGCCUUAUCCGACUAAUUAGAUAAGCUAGCAAUUAAUUAUACCACACAUCGCGCGUACCUAUUGCGAGCGGAGCGAACGAAAUUGCGUCAGGAUUCCACAAUUCCGACGAGGAUACUUGUUUGCGCGCGCGUUGUGUGCGUAAGUGUGCGAGCGAGAGAAAGAGAAAGAAAAAGAGAGAAUGUGCGUGCGUGCGUGCGUGGGAGAGUUGCGUUAGUAAUUUCAUCCUUUUCUUUCCUCUCUUUUUUUUUCUACGAGUGUGUGAGCACGUACGAUCCUUCGUUCUUUUCCAAGUUCGUCGUUAAAGAAUCGUGCAUUAUGGAAACUAUAUCUCGUUGUGAUCGCCGGGCCCUCGCAUGCCCGGCAACUCUUAAUUAUGAAAAUAAAGAAGUUGAAAAAGUUUCGAUGCAAAUAUA